AUCACUCUUGCUACUCCAGACUCUGCAGCCAGCGGCAACGAGGAGCAGCGACGAGGAGCUGCAACCAACAACCACUGAUGAUGUCUGAGCUGGAGAAGGCCAUGGUGGCCCUCAUUGAUGUUUUCCAUCAAUAUUCUGGAAGGGAGGGCGACAAGCACAAGCUGAAGAAAUCCGAACUCAAAGAGCUCAUCAACAAUGAGCUUUCUCAUUUUUUAGAGGAAAUCAAAGAGCAGGAGGUUGUCGACAAAGUCAUGGAAACACUGGACAACGAUGGAGACGGUGAAUGUGACUUCCAGGAAUUUAUGGCCUUCGUUGCCAUGGUUACCACUGCCUGCCACGAGUUCUUUGAACACGAGUGAACUAAAGAAAGCAGCCAAGCUGUUCGUGUAACAGAGAUGACCCAAGGAAGCAGACAGCAAGGGCUUGCAGGCUAGUAGGAGCUGAGCUUUCCAGUGUGUUGUAGCUAAUUAGGAAGCUUGAUUUGCUUUGUAAAUGAAAAAUUGAAAACGUCUUUCCAGGGGCUGUUUUUAAUGGCUCCCGUCAUUAUUUCCGCUAUAUUAGGCAUACGUGUUAGCUGGCUGGUCCCAGGGACUCUUGGUAAUAAUCAUUUAGGAAAGUCAAGUUUCAGUCAUAAAGCAUGUGCGAUACUGGCUGCUGUGGCUGUGUAGAAUCCUAACCCAGAAAAACAAGCUACCAAAAAUGACUCCAGACGUGUGUAGUUUCCUUGCCUCCACUACAUUUAAAAAUACAAAGUUUUGUCCACCAUCCUUUGAAAAGACUGCCCUUCCUUAAAUUUGUUCAUCAUCAGUGUAACUGAAACAUAAAGUAGUUAGGUGAUCUGACAGUGCUGUCCCACCUACAUAAAGAGCCUGGUCACAGUCAGACUCCUUUUCCUAUGGGGAGCUGUGAUUGCUGAGUAAAUAUCUAAUGCCAACAGUUCUAAAUGAAAAAACAUGUCUCAUAAACCAACAAGUACUGACAUUUUAACUCUCAUCAGAACUGAGAAGCAAAUUCUACAUUCAGUGUAAUUCUCCUGAUGGGAUCAGUGUGCUGGAUCUGUGCGGCACGUGUGCAGCAGAAGGAGCAGGGCCGGGCUCAGGACCAGAGCUCAGCUCCGACACUCUGGAGACAGGGGUACUGCGAGUAAUUUCAUUUCCCUGGCCUCCUCUCUUGUCUGUAAAACGAUGGGUUACUAAUGAUGUGCCUGGUCUGUCAGUGAAUGUCACGCCUGACUUGUUUGUGCUGAGACAGGGUCCACUCAUGGCUAUUGGUGAAGUCAGUGUAAGUGGAAAGCUGAACUUUUGCUCUUGUAUCCACGAAUUCAGAUAAAUCAAGUUUCAAAUAAUUUAAAUACGCAGGUUAUAAAUACUAAAAAUCACAGAAAAAUUUUCACAGGAAAAUUCAAAUUAACUUAUCCAACCCUUUUCCUGCUUUAUUUUUUAAGGCCACAUAUGUGGAAAUUUAUAAACUAAUUGAUUGCUUGUAUUUGCAUUCAAUAAAAAGAGCACUG